UGGAUACCUGGGGUCCUCCAGUUUCAACAAAAUCCUCUUACUGCGGCAUGCGGGGCUCUGUCGCGGCGGACCUCCUUUCCCUAGCUACUCGUGGGACUUUCAUGGAACAGAGUAACAAAAAAACUUUAGUAGAGGUAGAUGCAACUCCGAGCGCAUCAAGGCAAAAAUCGCCUUCAACUAGUGAAAGCGUAGAGGACAUCACACUGUCCCCCGCUUCCUCCAGUGCCAGCAGCGUCUUAACGUCUGCGACCAUCGAACUUCAGGAGAGCAUAGAGAAGCUCCAAGUCAAGGAAAAAAAGUUAUGUGGUGCAGCACGGAAAAGGCUCAGGUGGCUGCUCAAACAAGGGCUGACUCUCGAGGAAGCCCGAGCAAAGGCCACACAGCCUAUCAGUGAGGAGGAGAAGAGGGCUAAGAGACCUCGCUCCGAAAGCACAACGCCUAAAGGGCCCGACACCAAACGAGCUGCUACUGAAAGGCGUAGCGCUCCUAGCGGAGGCAAUCUUCCGCAGGGGCAAAAGCCUACAGUUGCCAGCUUCAAGCAGGUGUUGGAAGGUAAAAAGAUGGGUAUUGCAGAUUCCCUAUUUCCAGAGGUGAACCUCACAACAGCCCAAAUGCAGGCUAUUCAAGAGGUCAUCAUCUCAAGAAUUGUGGACCUUAGCGAGGGACAUGAAGGCGACAUCAAGCCUAAGUUCCUCGGCACCACAUUUAAGGCAGGAUGGCUGGUAGUCAACUGCGAAAACCAGGAAACAGCGGACUGGAUAAAGUCCGUAACUCCAACCCUACAACCAUGGGAGGGCGCAUCCCUAAUGGCUAUCGAUGAAAAGGAGCUACCUAGAGCGACUAUCAUGAACGCCUAUUUCCCCAACAGUGCGGAUGAAAAAUCAGACCGCAUUCUAAAAAUUGUUAAAGGCCAAAACGAAGGCCUGAACACCAACGAAUGGAGGGUGCUCAAAAGGACGACCGAAGGCAGCAGUGCCUUUCUUACGUUGUCCGUUGACCAUCCCUCCGUAGAGAACCUUAAAAGAACAAACUAUAAGGUUAGCUACAAGUUCGGGCAAAUCACCCUGAGGCAAAAGAGCGGCAAGCCUACGCCACAGAAAGAAGAACCCGAACCAACACCUGGAACUUCCGGAACCGCCAAGGACCCCAAGAAGGGUAAAGGUAAGGUUAGUUCCGAAAAAAAGGGUAAGGGCAAAACUGCCGCUCCCAAAAUUGCACCCGCCAAACAAUAAUGGCGGGAGUAGGCUUCAUCCAGGCCAACAUCCAGCACUGUAAAAGCGCCUCCGACGUGCUGGUCAAGGGCUUCCACAGCCCCAACAUACAUGUUGCGUUGAUUCAGGAACCAUAUGUAUAUGGAGGAAUAGUCAGAAGACUAUCAACAAAAGCAGGGACUUGGUUGCAAUGUCAGCGGUAUUGCCGACGCCGGGAGGCAAGCAAGAGGCGAUUAUAGCCUCGGCAUACUUCCCCGGUGAUUCGGACGAUCCACCGCCACAAGAGGUAAAAGACCUCAUCGAAUAUUGCAAUAAGAGGGGGAAACAACUCCUCCUGGGCUGCGAUGCGAAUGCACAUCAUCUCGCAUGGAACAGCUCAGACACAAACAAAAGGGGUGAGUAUCUUUACCAAUACCUUCAAACUACAAAUUUAGAUAUCCUCAACAGAGGUAACGAACCGACUUUUGUUACCAAGAGUCGACAAGAGGUGCUAGACAUAAACCUAGCCACGCCUCGCCUCAGUUCGCAAAUCGCAAACUGGCAUGUUUCACGUGCAAUCACUUUAGCAGAUCACAAGCAUAUUCGCUUUGU